CUGUCUUUCUUUUUUCUCUUUCUUCUUUUAUAUUCUCCGACAAAAGAAAAAGUACAAGAUACCCAGAAAAAGAGUGUAGAAACUACAUUUGUUCUUCUUCUCUGUUCUGCUUCGAAAUUAUGGGUUCCUCUGUUUCUAAAACCGCUUCCUCUGCUUCUGCUUCUUCUAUAACAUCGAUUUUGAAUUCACCUCCGGAGACGGAAUUCAACAUCCCUUCUUCAUCGGUACCUAAAGCUUUCACAUUUCCGAUGCCGUCGAUUCAUCAUCCACCUGCUAAAAAAGGCGACACACACCACUUUGUCUCUCUUACAUCGACCACUUACGGUUCUCUUGUUCUCGACGACAGACAAACAUUGCCUCACAUCUCCGUUUCCGGGAAGAGUAACAAGAAGAUGCCUGAAACAGAGGAGGCUCGCGACUCGUUCUCUCCUGACUCAGUGAUCAACACAUGGGAGCUCAUGAACGACCUCGACGACGAAUUCGAUUCCGCGAAUUCCGAUACAAGUAAGAGUAAUUCCGUCGUAAAUUUGGAUUCCUUUUCUAAACCCAUCACGAAUCGAGACGUGGUUAUUAAUGGGUCUGCGUAUGGAUCUUACGAAGAUGAGGAAGAUUGGAGAUUAUUGCCUUUUAAACCUAAGCAACCUCUGUGGAAACAUAUGUCUGAAGAAUCAUUUCUCUCUGAUUUAGAUCCUAACAUUAUCUCAUCUUACAAAAGAGCACUGUCCUCCAAACAGCUAGGCAAGAACAGUAGCAAUGGCCACUCAAAUCAUUCGGUUUUAGUCAGUUUACCAGAAUAUGUAUCUUCUAGUCCAUUGAGUUCUCAGACUUCGGAAAAAGACCAAGAGAAACCAAGAUUGCUUGAAAAAGAAGAUAACGAGAACAAGAUAGUAGUAUACUUCACUAGCCUCAGAGGAAUUCGAAAGACGUAUGAAGAUUGUUGUUGCGUUAGAGCGAUAUUGAGAGGGUUUCAGGUUGCGGUAGAGGAGCGUGACAUCUCAAUGGACUCCAAAUACAGGAAAGAGCUUCAGAAUGCACUCGGCGAAGAGAAACCGGUUUGUUUGCCUCAGGUGUUUAUAAGAGGCGUCCGCAUUGGUGGAAUUGAGGAGAUCAAGAUACUCAACGAUGGAGGUGAACUGGCAGAGAUGUUAAAAGAUUUUCCUGCUUGCGAAUCCAUUGGAGCCUGCGAUAGCUGCGGAGAUGCAAGGUUUGUGCCGUGUACUAAUUGUGGCGGUAGUACUAAAGUGUUUGAGGAACAAGAAGAUGGGUUUAAGAGAUGCAAUGGAUGCAAUGAGAAUGGAUUGGUACGUUGUAACAAGUGUUGUCUUUAGUAAUUGGAUUCGUUUGAGUGAUGUUGUUGUGAAAAUGUGAAGAGAAGAAAAAGAAUCUAAAGAUAUAACUUUUGACUUAAGAUAUGUUUGGUUGGUUGUGUUC